UUGACAACCAAAAAGCUGUUGCGAUGGCCGAGACCACGCCAGCCAAGCGCAAGCGCGACAUGGAGAUCGCCAUGAAUGAGCCGCACGACAGCAGCCCUACUCCAUCUCGGUCUGCAAAAGUGCACAAGCGUAAGGACUACCUGUCUUGGGACGAUUACUUCAUGUCCGUGGCCUUCCUCAGUUCCAUGCGCUCCAAAGAUCCAUCCACCCAAGUUGGGGCAUGGUACUCGUCACGUACCUCUCUACUUGUUGGAUGUCGCCUUGUUUGUGAACGUCCACACAUGUAUGAACAUAAUAGCAUUGUCAACGCCGAGAAGAAGAUUGUCGGCAUCGGGUACAAUGGAUUUCCCAACGGAUGCGACGACGACGUGUUGCCUUGGGCUCGACAAGCCGAGUCUCCUCUCGACACGAAAUACCCCUACGUCUGUCACGCCGAAAUGAAUGCGAUCCUCAACAAGAAUGCCACCAGUGUCAAAGGCUGUUCAAUCUACGUGGCCCUCUUUCCUUGCAAUGAAUGCGCCAAGCUCAUCAUUCAGAGUGGUAUCACCAAGGUUAUUUACUCCUCCGACAAGUACAAGACCGAGUGAGACUGCGUACUCUAUCUGACAUCAUCCUACACGACGGCGGCGGUAAACUGAUCAGGUUGAGUAGGUGGACAUUUGUGGCGUCGCGGAGACUACUCGACAUGGCCAACGUAACCAACUGAAGUGUUAGCUACCGUCUAUCAAUGUCGUGAGUAGGUGACUUGCAUCCAGCAUGAAACCAAGUCCAACACCCUCGUGAUCGAUUUUACAUCCGUGCAACCACCACCAACAACACGCAAGCAUCGCAUUCGCCAGCAACUGGCCACUGGUGAUGAUGGCGGACGAUCCAAACUGUGUGCCAGUUGCCAGUCGCCGAGCGAUUUCUUCUGCGAAGGUUGCUCGACACCAGACCAAGUCGUGGCCUUCUGCUGUGCCCACCUCACGGACUGCUACCUAGACCAUUUGAAUGCACUCAAACACUUGUGAUCACAUCGUCCAUAACGUUACUGUAGACUCUCGACGAAUAUGUGGCGGUAAUAAUUUAAUAUAGUGCUGCCC